AUGAAUAAAAAAAAAGUUAUUAUAAAUAAAUUAAAAAAACAAAAAAAUUUUUAUUUAAAUUUAAGAUAUUUAUAUUUAAAACAACUAUCUAAUUGAAAUAAUAAAAUUUUUAAUUUUAUUAAAUUAAAAUAA